AUGAAGGGUCUCCUCGCGGUGCCAUUCGUUCUGAAUUCGCAGCCAACGGCUCUCUACCAAGAGAACAGCCCCAGCCUUGCACUUCUCGCCGCGAAAACUCAUGAAAGAUAUGUAGAUAUCAUGCGUGACGUCGAAAGCCUCAUAGAUGACCACAGAAACCAUCAGAAAAAUGGCACAAGCCACCGUUCGAAGUUGAAGCUUCUAGUUCCUAGCAUUGGGAAUUUCUUUACUCCGCUGCUGUUGGCCGAUGCCUUUAAGUAUCAGGACAAGAUGCGAUUUAUUAGUAGCCGCCGAUUUGUGCCCCCGUCUUUCAAUGAUAUACGGAUCAUCCUCAAUACGGCGCAGAUCAUGGGGCUUCUUCACGACGGCAAGGUUGAACUUAUCACUUUUGAUGGCGACGUGACUCUCUACGACGAUGGAGCAUCGUUGACUGUAGACAACCCUGUAAUUCCAAGGAUAGUCCGCCUCUUGCGCCAUGGCAAAAAGAUCGGCAUUGUGACUGCAGCCGGCUACACGGAUGCACCCAGGUACUACGAGCGUCUACAUGGUCUACUCGACAUUGUUAACGAUUCCCCAGACCUAACUGAGGACCAGAAAAAUAGCCUUAUUGUCAUGGGUGGCGAAAGCAAUUUUCUAUUUAAAUUUGACCACUCUUCUCCUCAUUUACUCUGUCCAGUUGAACGUAGUGAGUGGCUUCUGGAUGAGAUGAAGCUGUGGUCAGAAGAGGAUAUCAAACAGCUUCUUGAUAUUGCUGAAACCGCGCUGCGUGAUUGCAUGACAAACCUAAAUCUUCCCGCCACCAUUAUCCGCAAACCUCGUGCAGUUGGUAUAUCUCCCCUUCAGGGAAAACGCCUACAUCGGGAGCAGCUUGAAGAAACGGUUUUGGUAGCCCAACAAACUGUCGAGCUGUCAGCAGUCGGUCAUCGACUCCCGUUCUGUGCAUUCAAUGGUGGAAACGACGUAUUCAUUGACAUUGGGGAUAAAUCCUGGGGCGUGCUCGCUUGCCAGCGUUACUUUGGAGGGAUAGCUCGGUCCAAAACCCUACAUAUCGGCGACCAGUUCCUUUCGGCUGGAUCUAAUGAUUUCAAGGCUCGACUCGCAUGCACCACCUCUUGGGUUUCUAACCCCGGUGAGACAGUCCAACUGCUUGAUGAGUUAAAUGCGUUGGAGCACGACAUGAAGUGA